UUAAAUCUCACACACACUCAGAAAUGGCCACCACCGGACGGAGGAUGGCAGCCAGCGCAGCCACCGUUUUAGUGCUAUGCAUACUUGCAUGUGGCGUGGGGGCGCAGUCGCCGGUGGCAGCUCCGGGGCCGGCGGGAGGAAAUGAUUGCUUCACGGCGCUGACGAACAUGUCGGACUGCCUAACAUAUGUGGAAGAAGGAAGCAAGCAGAAGAAACCAGAGAAAGCAUGUUGUGGAGAGCUGGCAGGGCUUGUGGACAGCAACCCUAUUUGUCUGUGUCAGUUGCUGGCAAAGCCUGACUUCGCCGGUGUCAAGCUCGAUCUCAACAAGGCUCUCCGACUUCCUUCCGUUUGCGGCGUCUCUACUCCGCCGGUUUCUACCUGCUCCGCUGUGGGAGUACCGGUGUCUGCUUUGCCUCCUUCUAGCAGCAAUGCAAAUCCUUCAUUAUCCCCAAUGGGGGCGGUGGCGGGGCCCGGACCAGCGGCGGGAGGCGGGGGAUGCAUGACGGCGCUGAUGAACAUGUCGGAUUGCCUAACAUUUGUGGAAGAAGGAAGCAAACAGAAGAAGCCACAGAAAGCGUGCUGCGGAGAGCUGGCAGGGCUUGUGGAUAGCAACCCUAUUUGUCUGUGCCAAUUGCUGGCGAAGCCUGACUUCGCCGGCAUCAAGCUUAAUCUCAACAAGGCUCUCCGCCUUCCCUCUCUUUGUGGAGUUUCUACUCCUCCUGUUUCCACCUGCUCAGCUGUGGGAGUCCCAGUGUCUUUGGCUCCAUCUAGCACUCCAUCGCCAACACCAGGUGGUACGCUAGCCCCCACCAGUCCUUCAAAUCUUGCUUCUCCUGCGCUAUCUCCCGCAGGAGGAUCACUGACAAGCCCUCCAGGAAAUGGAGCCAUAAGCCUUAGUAAUCCCAGCUCUGGCCUGCCCUUCAUUUUCGGAAUGGCAACUCUUUUCCUACCCAUUUUCCUCUGAGUUCUCACAACGUUUCUCAUCAAUUAAUUGCCAUCGAUCUUCCUCACUUUCAGACAUUUUCUUACAUUAACUUCAUUAUUAUUGUUAUUCAUCAUAUGCCAGUCACCUGCCUUCACUCGGGCUUUUAGUUUGAUGCACACUUUCGAUUGUUGUUGUUACUGAAUUAUUAGCACAUUCCCAAUUAAGUAUUUCAAUUCAUAUUUAAUUCUAUUUAAAAUUAUAAAAACA